AAGCGGCGGGUGUGCGCAGGCGCAGAGCGCGGCUCCCCUUGGGCGUUGAGGCAAGAUGGCGGGGGGCGAGCUGACGGGGCGUCUGUAUUCGCUGCUGUUCCGCCGCACGUCCACCUUCGCCCUGACCAUCGCCGUGGGCGUCCUGUUCUUCGAGCGCGCCUUCGACCAGGGCGGGGACGCCAUCUACGAGCACCUCAACCAGGGGAAACUGUGGAAACACAUCAAACACAAGUAUGAGAGCGAAUAGGAGCCGGAGCCACCGCGUCGCCGAGCCGCGGGCCCGGGCCCCACGGACCAGAGCCGGCCGCCCCCCGGCCACCGAGCCGACCUCGGCCGGGACGGCGGCCGGCGCGUUCGGCCCCGGCGGACUCCUGGCCGGCCCGCGAUGGAAAGCCGGCCGGGGCGACACCGUCCCCCAAUAAAUGUCCGUUUUCUUCACGG